AUGAGUUCAGCAUCAAGGCACAAGAAGAAAAAAAAAAAUAAAUUUGGUGCUACACCCCCCCCAUUCAUUGAUUACUUGAAAGAGAUUUUGAGAAGGUACCCAGAUGGGGGACAAAUAUUGAAGGAGCUGAUACAGAAUGCAGAUGACGCAGGAGCUUCAGCUGUGGUUUUUAUUCAUGAUGAGAGACAUUAUGGGACUCAAAGCUUGUGGAGUGAAGAGCUCAGAAAAUAUCAAGGACCUGCUCUCUAUGCCUUCAAUGAUGCAGCCUUCACAGAGGAAGACUGGGAAGGAAUUCAGAAUGUUGGUAGAAGCAUCAAGCAGGAUGACCCAACAAAAGUUGGCAGAUUUGGGAUUGGUUUCAACUCAGUUUAUCAUAUUACAGAUUUGCCAUGUGUAUUCAGUUCCAAAAACCUAGCCAUUUUUGACCCACAAAAGAUGAUGUUUGGAGAUGAGGAGGAAGGCUAUCGAUGGUCGUUGGAUGAUGAAGAGGACAGAGAGAGUAUUUUGAACAUGAGAGAUCAAUUUCAGCCCUUUCAGAAUAUUGUCAAUCAAGUAAACAAUUGUUCAUGGGAGAAGGUCAUCAGGGAGGAGCAGUACUUCAAAGGAACACUCUUUCGUUUCCCUCUGCGUAAUGAAGCUUCUGAGAUCUCAGAUAACUUGUACGACUCCAAGAAAGUUACAGAGCUUUUUGACAGUUUCAUUUUUGAUGCAGACAUUGGUCUACUUUUUCUGAGAAAUGUGUCAUCCAUUACUUUGCUGCAUAUUGACACCAAUGGCUCAUGCAGCCAAAGGCUCAAAGUUUCAGUGUCUCAUCAUGAUCUGGAGUUAAAAGGCAAGCAUGAAUCAUUGGACAGAAAAACAUGUUUCAAAACUGUAUCACACAUUUCCCAGCAAAUGGAAGAGAAGUCACAGUGGCUUGUGACUCCUUGCCUUUUGAAACAAGGAUAUAUACUAGAGAUUGACUCUCUAGCCAAUAAGAUGAGAUUCAACCCUCAAGUUGAUGUAGCAUUUAAAUUAGAGGAAGACAGAUCACUUUGCAAUGGACGACUAAGUUGCUUUCUGCCUCUUCCAAACAAUGAAUCAAACAAAACUGGGCUUCCUGUUCACAUCAAUGCUAGCUUUGGCCUGACAGACAAUCGGAGGUACAUCAAGUGGCAAGAGGAGGAUCAGAAGAACGAUGAGGCUGCAAUGUGGAAUGAGCUACUUAUGAAAGAUCUUCUUCCUCUUAUAUAUCUAAUGAUGAUCCUAGAUGCUAUUCAGUUAUCCAGAUGCUCAGCCCUGCCUGCUGCCUCUGUGUACAAUAUUUGGCCUGACCUGACCAAGACUGUACAUGUAGAUAGGUGGCAUAAAGUUGCAAAGGAUAUUCUGAAGUGUCUGUUUCAAUAUGAGAUUUUUCAUCUUGCAGAUAAUGAGAAAAUCUGGGUGUCUCUCUCAGAUGCAGUUUUUCCAGAUAACACUAUAUGCAGUGAUACAAUGUCUGCAGUGUCAAAAUUAUUGAUCAAAAAGGGGGAGAACCUUGUCACUGUCCCAGAACAUGUUUUGAAAGAUGUUAAAGGAACCUUUGCUAGAAGUGAUACCUUGAAAAUAGUUACUCCAUCUUUUGUUAGAGAUGUUCUUCACAGAAGUGAUAUGGAAAACCUCAGUAAAGAUGACAAAUAUUCACUUCUUGAAUUUGUGCUCAGUGAUGAGAGGUACACAGAGUUACAAGGACUUAAGCUUCUUCCUCUCAGUGAUGGAACCUUCACAUCAUUUAGCGACAAAGAGCAGAACACUGUUCUAAUUGACAAUGAGAAGUUUCCAAGAUCAUUGAUGCCAUUUUGUAAAGAAAGGUUUUUACCCAUCGAUCUGAGCAAUUCUUGCACAAUGCAUCUAAGAAAACUAGCAACAAACACCAAAUAUAACAUAAUCAAUUUGGAUGCAAAACAUGUUGUUGUGCUCACCAAGAAGCACUUACCCAUUGACUGGAGAGAGACCCAAGCUCAUGUGACAUGGAAACCAGCAGAAGAUCAUCAUCCACCAAAGAGCUGGAUUGCUGAAUUCUGGAAGUUUCUAAGCACUGAAUGUGAGGAUUUAAGUGUCUUUAUCGGUUUGCCUUUAAUACCUCUGGAGCCACUCCAAAAUUCAGACAAUUUGAUAUUGUUAGCAAGGUUGCAGAGGAACUCAACUUUGAUCUUUCAGAGUAGCAGGGGGUCCAUCUUAUCAGAUCAUGUUCAGAAAGUGGUAAACAUGGCGGGGUGUACAGUCAUAAAGAGAGACGAGUGUCUCAGACAUCAUGACAUUGAGAGUUACGUUCUCCCAGCUUCACCAAGAAAUGUCCUACAAGUUUUGAUGAACUCAGCCAGAGAUCAGGUCAUUAAGCACAUUGCCUCUGCUUCACUACAUGAAAAAGAGGAGUUUAAAGUGUACCUCUCUUCGUUGGAUUCUCUCUCAAAUGCUGAACAAAACUUGCUUUCCUUGUUACCAAUCUUCAGCCUGAUGUCUGGGAAAUAUGUUGCUGUUAAAUCAAAGCAGGCAGUUGUUUUAACCACCAAUCCAUCCAUUCCAAAUAAUCUGCCCAUGCCUGAGACCAUUGUUCAGUGUGCAAAUGAAGCUGAUCGCAGACUUUUGUCUCUUCUAAAUAUUGAACUCUUGGACGCAGCUAAGGUGGCUAUUUGUUUGGUUGAUUGCAUUAAUACAGCCUCUUUCCAAAAAGAUGAGGAACAGACAAUAAUGAGCUGGAUACUGGAUCAUGGUAGUGUUCUACUCUCACAAAAUGAGCUGCUGCUCACAAAAGCUAAAGAUCUAAAUUUUAUUGAGACGAAUCAGGGAGAACGCAAACAAGCCUCAAACUUUUUUGACCCCGGAAACAAGACAUUCCAGGACCUCUUCGAGGCAGAUUUAUUUCCGCCACCCUUUUACACAAAGACUCAAGAAAUGCUUCAGAGCUUGCAACGACUUGGCCUAAAGACAGAAGAAAAAGAAAUAUCAACAGCAAACAUACUCCAAGUCAUGAAACAUGUUCAAAAUAUUAGUAUCCACUCACCAAAUAAGGCAUUCAAAAAAGUAGAUACUCUUGUUAGAGUAUUGAAUGGGAAUAAUUUACUUUCAAAACUCUCAAAGACAGAGAGAGGAGAGAUAAUGCAAUUGCAGUGGGUGCCCUGUGAAAAUCCAAAAUGCCUGAAUGGAGAUCAAAGGAGAGGUCUCUAUAAACCAGAUGAAGUAAGGGAUUCCAAAUAUUCUGCAAUUGUUGGAUAUGUAAUGCCACUUACCUCUAAGCUAACAGCUAGAGUCUGCAAAAAUCUUGGUCUUAAUGACCCUCCUCCGGCUGAAAAGGUCUUGGAGAACCUGUCUGUACUGGGAUCAGUUGCAGCUGACAUGAUCAACCCAGAUUCAAAUUUCCAGUUUAAAACCAUGCUGCACAAUAUUUACAAAUACAUGCAAGAAAAUGUGGGAAAUUUCAGAGAAGCAUUGAACGCAAAAUGCAUCCCCUGGCUAUGGAAUCAAAGAGAGUUUGUCUCUCCAAAAGACAUAGUUUUAGCCUAUCCAUUUGAAUUAGAUCUGAACUCCUACAUCAAGAAAGUGCCGGAAGAGUUUUUGAAGUAUGAAAACCUGCUACGAGAAUGUGGGGUAAAGGAGACACUGUCUGACGAGGAGCUUGAAGAUGUACUCCAUGACAUAAAACAAAGGAUUGAUGACAGGGAUCCCCCUUAUGGUGAUUCAACAGAACUCAAAUUGUCAAUUGCCGUUAUUAACUGGAUGCGAAAAAAUGAGAAGUUUUUAAAGGACAAUACCCCUGUGCCUGUCAUGGCACAAAACAAAAACUUUUCUCUGCAGUAUUUGUCCAAAACAGUUUUCUGUGACAUCAGUGCUGAAGGAUUGGAUGACUUGAAACAAGACAACGAGGAAUUAUAUGUCAUUCAUGAAGAAGUACUACCUCUUACUGCAAGGUGGUUGAAAGUCCCAUUCUUAAGUACUCGUAUCUUAAAACCACAGUUCAUAACUGCAGAUCAAGAGUACUUCGGUAUAGAACAAUGUGGGCAGUCAGAGCCAAUAACCCUUAGAAUCAAGAACAUUCUUAAAGAGUAUAAUGAGGAAAGUGACAUUUUCAAAGAACUCAUACAAAAUGCUGAGGAUGCUGGAGCAAGCACUUGUAAAUUCCUCUUGGACUUCAGAAAACACAGAGACCCUCCCGAAACCCUUAUUGAUGAUGGAAUGGCCCUCUGCAAUGGACCAUGCCUGUGGAUCUUCAACAAUGAGCUCUUUUCAGAAGAAGACUGGAAAAACAUUGUCAAAGUGGGAUCGGCAUCAAAGGCGAACAAAGUUGAGAAAAUUGGGAAGUUUGGACUUGGAUUUAAUGCUGUUUACCAUGUGAGUGAUAUUCCCUCUAUUUUGAGUGGGAAAAGCCUUCUCAUACUUGAUCCAAAUGUCACCCAUUUGGAGAAGCACAUACUCAGCAAAGGAAACCCUGGAAUUAAACUUGACCCAUUCCAGGAACGACUAUACAAAAGUUUUCCCGGACAGUUCAAAUCUUAUGAGGGCAUUUUUGAUUGCGAUCUGUCAGUUCAAAACAGCAAGAAAACUUACAAUGGUACUUUGAUUAAAUUACCAUUUCGCACUGUAGAAGAGGCAAACAAGUCAGAAAUCAGUUCAAAGGUGUAUGACGAAGAGCGCAUUAACAGUUUUAAAUAUAAUUUGAUUGAAAAUUCACAAAAUCACCUACUAUUUCUGAAGAACAUUAAGUCUAUAUCACUUCAAAUUGUCCCUGAAAUUGCAUUUACUCCUCUAAGGGAUGAUCAAAUUGAGACUCCUCUCAAAACAUCCAAAGAAGUCAUGAAUUCAAUUGCUGUCUCGAAUGACAAACUUCUGCAAGAGAGCAAGGAGAACUUUAUGAAGGGAGGUAUCAUUUGCAACAACAUUACUGACUAUAAUAGAGCACAGAUAGUUAAAAUAGUUAAGAACCACCCAGAGGGAUCACUUACACAAUACUGGCUUUUGUACUCUUGUAUUGGGACAAAGGAUUCUUUGCAAAUGUUCCAAAGAAGAAAUGAACAUGAGCAUGUGUUUUCUUUGCCAAUUGGAGGUAUUGCUGUACCUUUACAUAGAGGGGCACAAACUAAUGUGUGGUCCCCUGAUGAAAGUCUGUUACAGGGCCAGGCUUUUUGUUUUCUUCCUCUUACAAUUGAGACAGGUCUUCCAGUCCAUGUCAAUGGUGCUUUUGCAGUCACAUCAAACAGGAAAGGCCUAUGGGAGAAAGGACUUAAGUCUGAGUGGAACAAAGCCUUACUCAAAGAUGCUAUAAAUUCAGCUUACAUCACUACCCUGCUUGAGCUGAAAAAAAUGGCGCAGAAUGGAAAUCUCCAGAACUAUCCCUUCUAUGCAUUCUGGCCUAACACAGAGAAAGUCAGCAAAGCAUUUUUACCCAUGGUUGAGUCUUUCUACUCAGCAGUCGCACAGAAUGCCAAUGGUAAUUCUCUGGAGCUUUUCAGUAAUGGACGGAAUUGGUGUUCUAUGGACAAGGCCACAUUUCUGAAUCCAAAAAUUGAGGAGAACAGAGCAAUUGGAAAUAUUGCCAUGAAAGUGUUCUUGAAUAUGGGAGAAUCAUAUUCCUGUGUUCUUUCUCUUCCAUCCUGGGUGAGAGAUAGUUUCAGUCAGUGUGGCUUCAAAGAAAUGAUAAAACAGAAAACAAUCAACUGGCCUGAGUUUUAUGAAUUAGUUUUGAAGAACUUGAGCACACUGGACACACACAGCAGAAAUGCUCUUGUGUUAAAUGCCAUUGACUUGAAUGACCCUUCUGUUGAUGACCUACUCAAAAGGUACCCUUGCAUUCCUACACAGAACUGUAAGAAGCUUCAAUUCAUCAAUCAAGUUGUGAAUCCUUCUAGUAAAGUGGCAUGUUUGUAUGAGCUUGAAGAAGGACGCUUUGUUGAAGGGACUGCAACUGACUUCUUCUCACCAAAAAGGAUUCAACGGCUUUCAGAUUUGGGAAUGCUAACUGACCGUCUCCCAUUCAAGGACAUCAUAGAAAGAGCAGGGAAAGUAUCCAGAGUCUGCCAACAGGACAAACCUAAAUGUCGUAAACAUCUUCAGUGUCUCAUUGAGUCAAUGAAAGACUCUUCAGAAGAUGUGAAUUCUCAGUGCUGGGCAUCAUUAUCUCAAAUACCAUUCCUCCCGGCAGUAGCUCCUUUUGUUCAGCAAAACAAGAAUGUCAUCCUUCUUAAAAAACCAGCAGAAGUUUACAGUGACACUUGCCGCAAUAUAGUAAGCAUGACAGAAUUCACAGUUGAUCAUUCAAACCUUCAAAUUCACAAUAUGGAUUCCGUUCUCCAAAAAUUGCAAAUACGGACAAAUCCACCAGUGGUAACAGUUCUUCAGCAGCUGUUAAAAGCACACCAACACUCCGAUGCAAUUGAAAAGGCUGCUCUCCUUAACAUUGCCCAGUUUUGCUAUGAAUACCUCAAUACUUACUUGUUGGAACAUAAAUAUACCAAUUGUAUUGUUGCAUUUGCUAAAUCACAUCCAUUCAUUUUCAUUGAGGAUCACUUUGUAAAUGUGAGGUCAGUGGCCAGAAAUGAAGGGUUUGAGGAGAAACCAUAUCUCUAUGUGCUACCAGCCAUUUUCUCCAAAUUUGAGAGGCUGUGGGACUGUAUUGGCAUUACAAAACAAUUUACGAAAGAGCAAUUUGUGGCUACACUUGAGGAUAUUAAAGCUUUAUAUGGAUCGCAGCCUCUUUCCAUGUCAGACCUUCAUAUGUGUUUUUCAAUACUCAUUAAAGGGCUGUAUAAAGUCAAAAAUAAAAAGCUUGAAAAUUGUCUCAUACCUAAUGAGAGUGGUGUGCUAACUUCUUCUUGUGAGCUAAAAUUUAACGACAGCCCUUGGAUGCCUGUUUCAGCUGGUGUGAAGCUCACCCAUGAACUGAUACCUCGAGCUGUUGCAUGUCAUUUUGGCGUUAAGACAACAAGACACCAUACACUGAAGAAUCAUUUGGUCAGUGGAUUUUCCCUUUUAGCAAGAGAGUUCGGACAAACUGAGAAGCUAACUGUCAGAAUAAAAAACAUAAUUAAUGCAUAUCCAUCUAAAAAGGAUAUUCUGAAAGAGCUCAUUCAAAAUGCAGAUGAUGCAGAGGCAACAGAAAUUCACUUCGUGUGGGACAGAAGAAAACAUCAGACAAAAAAAAUAUUUGGAGAAAAAUGGGAACUGGUUCAAGGCCCAGCACUUUGUGUGUACAACAACAGAACAUUUUCUGAGGCUGAUCUGCAAGGUAUUCAGCAGCUGGGUGAAGGAGGAAAACAUGGCACUUUAGGAAAAACUGGGAAAUAUGGACUUGGGUUCAAUUCUGUUUAUCAUCUGACAGAUUGUCCAUCUAUCCUAACCGGUGACAAUUGGCUCUGCAUUUCUGAUCCAAAUCUGAAAUAUGUGGAAGAUGCAACAAAGCAAUCCCCAGGUUGCAUGUAUUUAUUGACAGAUGAAUUUAAAAAGUCUUUUGAGGAUGUUUAUAAUACCUUUCUACCAGGUAUGUUUGCACUAAAUUCUGGAACCAUGUUCAGGCUUCCUCUCAGGACAGAGAUAAUGGCAGAAAAAUCUGAAAUAUCUAGGCAUACAGUCACAGAUUGUAACAUGCUGCAAUUGUACAAUGCCUUGACUGAAGAUCCUGAAGGACUAAUUAUUUUCUUGAAACACAUCACAAAAAUACAGUUCUCUGAGAUCAGCGAAGAUGGAAAAAAACUUAAAUGUUAUUUCCUUGUUGAGAAAAAAUACACUGAAAAGAGCAUGGCAACCAAAGAAAAUUUUAACACCCAUGUUCAAAAAUCUCUCAUGUCAGGCAUACCUGAGCCAUUCAAAACCAUAUACAGCAUGCAAAUCUCAUAUGGAAAUAAACAGAGUCAGUGGAUCAUUGCAGAGUGCUUUGGCUCUUUUAAACAAAACCAUGUGAGAGAAAACAAGCAGAUGCAUUUUAAAGUUCCUCAAGCUGCGCUGGCUGCAUGUGUAAGCAGCACAUACAAGCAUGAAUUCAUUGGUAGGGCAUUUUGUUCAUUACCUUUGCCUGGAAACACUGGUUUACCAGUACAUGUGAAUGCCAAUUUUGAAGUAGAUUCUUCUAGAAGGGACUUGUGGAAGGAGGAUGGUGAUAGUCUAAAGACUGAUUGGAACAAAACAUUGAAAGUAAACAUAAUUUCACCUCUCUAUGCUGACCUCCUGUAUGCUCUCCGUACAGUCAUAAAGAAAGAUACUCCUACUGCUCUUACAUUCCUCAAAAUGGAACUAGAGGAUUUCUACCUUAAAUACUUUCCAUGCAUUUCAAAGGAAGUAGAAAAAGUCUGGUAUGAGAUGAUCCUUGAGGUCUAUAGAUCAUUCAGCGAAGAUUACGUUCCUGUCAUACCAACGGUUCAUGCUGUUUCAGAGACGUCUUCGCAUCACACCAACAACACAUCAACACUGAAUUACACAGUUAACUGGCACAGUGUGUCUGAACCAGAUUCAGUGAAUUGUCCAUAUUUUACAACUGAGCACCAUGAUGGCAUUUUCGAAAUUUUAGAUGACAUUGGAUUGAAAUUGGUACCACACUCUUUGAAAAUACAUAAAAUAAAGGAGAAUUUCAAAGCAGCUGGUGUGAAUGUGUCAGAAGUCAGUCCUACAGUAGUGGUGAACUCUCUGAAGCAAAUAUCAUUGAAUGACCCUACACAAACAGUUAAUGGUUUGCCUUUGCCCAUUAGCCAGACGUUGAUCAAAGACAAAACAAGAUGUUCAAAACUUUUGAGCUUCUGCUUGACCAAUACUGAUGCAAAAAAAGCCAUCCCUGUUCCUGAUCUCGAUGGGCUGCCACUUCUUCUUACACAAGAUCAGAUGUUAAGAGUCUUCAACUCUCGGUCCCCAAAGCUAAUAUCAAGAUUUAGUAGCCUUUUCCAUGAAUAUCAGGAAAUGUUUGCAGAUAUUGAAGUCAAUAGACAGCACUUAAAAAUUCUGCGAGAAAAAAGCUUUAUUAAGGACUUAACAAUUGCUAUGGGAGCAAAAUAUUUGAAAGCAGAACUUACACAAAUGCUUGGGCAGUCAUUACCUGAUCAAAAGUGUCAGCUCUACAAAGCACAGAAAGAGACAAUCACAUGGCUAAAAACAUUAUGGAGCUUCUUUGAUGAUCAAGACAAAAUCUCCCAAAAUGGAAAUGUUUUCAGUGAGAUAAAAAAGCACUUCAAUGACAGUCCUAUUUUACCAGUUAUCUGCCCAAGUCAGAAUAACACACAUUUCUUACAAACAAUGAAGAAUAUAUCAGAAGUGAUUCUGAAUUCAGAAAACGAAAUUGCUGCCAUUCUCAUAAAACUUGGGUUCAUGAAAUUAGACUGCAGCUUUUUCAUUGGUCUCAUAAACUUCUCUCUCAAAUAUGUGUAUCCUGAACUCCUGCAAACUGGAGAUGGCGGUGCUGUAUUAGGGCCGGUUUAUCGUGUACCUCAUUCAUAUUUUGUGGAGCUGUCUAAUGGCGAACUUGAAAAACUUCAAUGCUUCUUGCAGCGUAGGAUAUCUGAUUCCAAAAUCAAGAGUGUGUAUGCAAAGAUGCUUAAGUCUUUGCCCCUGUUUGAGUCGAUAUCUGGAAAACGUGAAAGGAUUGACUUACACAGAAGUGUAUUCAUUCUGAAUUCUAGGCAUUACUUUGUCUUUCACAACUUGUUCACCAUUGAAGGGUGUGACAGUAUUUUCCUCAAGUACAGCUGGGUGAACUUAGAAUUGGCAGAAGUUCUGAACAUUCAUGUUUUAGAUGAUUUGGAGUUCUGUGUACAGUUUAUUCUUCCUUUUGUACAUAAGAUGAAAGAGACCAAACUUAUUGAUUUCAUUCAGUUGUUAGUGGAACUUGGACUAGUGGACCCCAGAAUUGUCUCUACAUUGAGAGGGCUUGCAUUUAUUCGAGACAUCUAUGGCUCUCGUCAAGUGGCUUCAUACUUCUAUGAUGAGAAACCCAUUUACAGGAUCAUGCUUACAGAAGAGAGAUUUGUGCCAGAACAAUUUUGGAAUAUUUUCAAAGGUAAACGUUCUGAAGCACUGUGUCUUCUGAAGACCCUUGGGUUAAAACAUGAAGUGUCAGAUGAGGAAAUCAUUCAGUUUGCAUUUCAAAUUGAAUCUGAAACUAAAGGCACCACUCCCCUUGAAGUUCUUCAGAAAAGAUCGAAAAUGUUGUUUAAGACUGUUUUGAUGAGGAGUGAGAAAAACUGCAAUCUAUUGAACAGAAUUGCUAACAUUAAAUUCAUUUUCCCAGUGAAAAUUCAGCAAGCACUUUGUGAUUAUCACAAGCCCUUUGCUCAAGAGAGAGAAGUUGUUGCAAUCAGUGGAUCAUUGAUUGAAAGAGACACUGAUCACCAAUGUCUCAUAUGGACAUCCAUGCCAAUUCUGCCAUCAGAACACUGGUCUCCACUUUAUUUCCACUUGAAAAUGAAAAAUGCUGGAGCCGUGGUGACACCACCACCUGAACAAAUAGCAAAAAAUGUGAGAAACAUAUGUAGUUCCCAGUGCCAUACAGACAGUUUGCUGAAAACAAGACAGGAAGUGUUUCGAAAAUCAUAUGCACACUUGCAGUCAGUGAAAUUUGAUGCUUCUCUGUUCUCUGACCUCCACAUUGUCUUGGUGGAAAAAGGGACAACACUUGUGAAAACUCACCAGACAGCCCUUGUACUACGUCAUGCUCUUGAGUUUAGGCCUUAUUUGUAUAGCAUUCCAUCAAAUUUAAUGAAAUUUGAAGACUUCUUCAGAAAGAUUGGUGUAAAUGAGAGGCCCACUAACCAACAAUAUUGUACAGUUCUUCGAGAAAUCUAUUCAGAUAGCUCUGACAAAGACAAGCUUCAAGCAAAUCAGCAGAAAACUGUACAACGUGUUGUACAGCAACUUUUUUGCUUGAUGAAAGAGGAACAGAAGGGAACUUUUUUCCAAAACAACCCACUUUAUCUUCCAUCAACAGAUGGAAGACUCUACAAAUCUAGCACAUUGUUUUUCAAUGACACUGUCUUCCAAGCCUCAAGACUAGAGGGUCCUUUAGAAACAAAGCUGAAAUUGCUUGAAAAAUUAAACUACUGUCACCUUGGAGAUGAUCACUAUGAACAUCAAAGAUAUGUGCAGUUGCUUCUUCCGCAAGCCCGUCCUAAGUUUCUUUCUGAAGUUAUUUCUGAAAACCUGGAUGGAACAAGUGUCCAAUAUUGUGAUUAUAAAGAGGGCUGUGAAUUUGGUAAUUGGAUAAAAGAUCACUUGUGCUCCAUUGCAUUUCUUCAUGGCUUAGCCUGUCUCAUCAGAGAAGAUAGCAAUGGUAGAAUUUCACAGACUGACGCUGUACAAAUGUGUGGAACUCUCUUUUCUAAGAUUCAGAUCAUCUGUUGUGAAACUCUUCAAACUGAGCUUCUGUUAAACCUGGAGCCACUUGAGGGUAGCAAGACUGAAACAGAUGUUUAUGUAAAAAAACAGGAAGAUGGAUGUACAUUCUACUUGAAACACCAUGGUGACAUGGCCCACAAAGUAGUAAAUGAAGUUACCAUGUGUCUUACAAAAGAAAUCAAUGCUCUUAUGAAGAACUGUCUGGCCACUUCAAGGCUUGCAGUCCUUGGGCAACUACUGUUGUGUGAUAACAUGGAGGAUGUUGAGAAAGCCUUGGAAAAACAUGGCAUUCAUAACAGUGGCCACAAAGAGGAGGGACACAGUGUCUUACCGAAACCUGGGUGUCGUAUACCUGAAGAAUGGCACGAUUGCCUUGAUAUGAGCUUCCUGAACAAUUUUGAAAGUGGAGAGUAUGUUGGCUUCAGUAAAGAUGAAUCUGGUGAAUAUUUGUACGCCAUUGUUAUAGAGCGACUAGACGAUUCAUUGGGGCAAACAAGACAAUAUCCUGCUAGAUAUAAAAUACAAGUGGGCAGUGAUGUCUUCAUUGAAGUAAGCUCACUUGACCUGUACCAAUUUAAAAGGGAAAAGAAGGAGAGAAUGCCAACAUGGUUCACUUGCACAGAUGUACAACCUCUUUUAACAUCUGUGCCUCCACCCCACAGAUGCACAUCUGUGCCUGCACCCAACAGAGUCACACCUGAGCCUCCACCCAGAAGAGCAUUUCCACAGACUUUGAAAGAGGCCAAAAAGGAAAUUGACCAAAGCUUAAAUGAAAUCUGGAAUAUGUCGAGUGAGGACAAACGCAAAGCCCUUAAACGUCUUUACCUCCAGUGGCAUCCAGACAAGAACCCAGGCAAUGAAGAACUUGCCGCUGAGGCUUUUAAAUACCUGCAAACCAGAAUUGAAGAACUACAACAAGGGAGAACUGCACAUAACACAUCCUCAAAUGUGGGAGACUUUAGAGAUAAUUUUUACCAGUGGAACACAGAAGCACAAAGCCACAGGCGAGGACGUGAGAGGUUCCACCAGAAAAAUUAUAGACGGGAAUAUAACUUUUGGUCACACCACAGAGAAACUCCAAGGCCAGAUAGAGAGGAGGCUAAACGCUGGUAUGAACAGGCACAAUGUGACAUCAAUGCAGCUCACAAUGACACUGGAGGAAAUACCUCAGAGUGGUGUCUAUUUAAGGUGCACCAGGCUGUGGAAAAAGCCCUGAUAGCAGUGGUGUACAGGAAAAUAGGGAAGCAUCUCAACAACAGUUCAAUAACAAGUCUUGCUCAGCAGGUGUCUUACUACAGCUCACAGUUGAGUUCUGUUCCCAUUACUGUGAGGCAACUGAUUGAACUCGGUGUUGAUGCUAAAAAAACUCAAUAUCCAAAUUAUCACCAAUCUCCUCACAUUCCAAACACACAGUACAAGGUUAAUAAUGCCAGAAGGGCACUGGACAUCGCAACAGAGCUUUUACUGAAAAUAGACCAAUACAUUAAUGGGUGAUUUCUUCUAACUUUAUUCCAUUCAGGCAUUCAUCAGGAUAUCCUUUCAAGUAAAAUGCUGAUUACAUAUUUUGUGAAUCAUAUUGAAAUUAGAGGUAUUGGAGAUUGUUUUAUUGAAGCAUAUGUUAAAACUUUUUUUUUUUAAAUCAACUCUUUUUAAUAAUUUGAUCAAAUUAAAUUAGAGGCACUAGAUAUUGUUUUAUGCUGGAAUAUGUUUUGGUGGGUGGAGGCUAGUUUUCAUUAAUCUUUGUUGUCUAUUUUGGAGUACUAUUAUGGAAAGCCUUUCUUUUAAUGACACUUUGUAUCUUGUAUUUGUAUCAUUUGAUAAAAAAAUGGCAUUAGAUAUUGUUUUAUGCGUUUAUGUGGUUG